CACACACUCAUCAGCACCAGAUGUGUGAACAAGGAGUUCAAAAUGAAAGUUUUUUUUGUUUUCAUAAAAACUCAGGUUUGUCAACUUGUGUUGACUCCAGUAAGAUACUGAACGGUUUGAACACAUGCUCACACACUUGCUACUGUUUGUGGGUGGGUGCACAGUUGUGUUCAUGGGCCAUAUUUAAACAGCAAGGACAGAUUGUGUUUCUCUCAUUUGCUCUGUCAUCAUGGAGCUGAAAGCUGCAUUUGUGAUCAUCUGUCUGUGUGCUUUGGCCAUCACCUCCACUGAAGCUGGCAUCCCAAAAUGCUGCAUCAAAACAAUAAAGGAAAUCCCUUACAGAGUGCUGCUGAAUGUCCAGAGAUGGAGCAUGCAGCAAGGCAGCGGCGCCUGUGACAUCCCUGCGCUGAUACUGAAUGUAAAGGGCUUGAAGAGGCCCAUAUGUGCUCAUCCCAAAGUGAAGAGGAUCCUGAUGAGGCUGCCGAGGAGGAUGAAACAGAACAAAUAGAAAGCAACUUACUGAGACAGUUGGUGUUUCAAGAGCCAGUGUCAUACAGAAACCCUUUAUGUGUUGUUUUUUGUUUUUUUUUUGUUAUUAAUUAUGAUCAUUUAGAGGUACUUGUAUUUUGGUAUUUCCAUUCCAUACAAACAAUCCACAAUAUUUGUCUAUUUUUACUUUUGUAAUUAGGAUUAUACUAACAAAACACAUGAUCAGUUUUUAAAAUAUGAUGUGUUGUUAUUUUUAAAAAUCAGCUUCAUCUCCAUCAUCUGCAACAUUUAAACACCACUUACAUGUUAUUGCAGCCAUAAAAAUGAUCCAAUAAUAACAGUGGCUAUUCUGCAUCAUAACUACUUUUACUUUUAAUACUUAACUGUAUUUCAGAAUUAAGUCUCCUGGGUAUUUUUGUAAAUGUUUAAACACUAUAUACUCUUUUUAUGAUGGAGCCUUUUUUACUGUGUGUUAAGUUAUGUGAAUAGUACUUCAACCACUGCCUUUGUACAAUCAUUGUAGGGAAAAAAGAAAUCUCUGUAAAGAUGUGAUCCAAUAAAUUAGUUAUUUUUUU